AUGGACAACAGUGAGAAAAAUACCGAGCCAGUGAUCAAUAAUAAUGUGGACGUUUUUGGUGAUUGUGAUUCGAAUCGGUUGGAGAAAAAUACUCACACGCCUUCAAGUGAAUCAUCGGAUUCGAAUUCAAGUUCGAGCGAGGAAGAUGAACCGCCGCCAAAGCGACGACGUCAUAGUCGGUCUUCCGAUUCAUGUCAAGAAAUCGAUCGCAGGUUUGAUCAGUUAUCGCAGCAGUUGGAAUAUGUAACAGAGGAUGAUUUGAAAGAAUAUUUUCCGGAUCUACCAAGUGGACCUCUAGAUGUGUACAGAAAAAAAGCUUCAUUUAGUUGGAGACGAAUGAAGCUCGUAUAUGAUACUUUGUCUACAAUUAAAAUUAAACAUAACAUUUGGAAAUUCAUGGAAGACCAUCCACUAUUCCAUCACUCUGAUACAUCCAUUCCUUUGGACGAGGAAAGGCACAUAGCAGUAAAAAGAAUGUAUGCGAUAUAUAAUGAGAAUUUUUUACCAUUAGAGAAGAUUUUGGAAGAUCCUAGGCUUCUUCAAGCUGAGACUGAGGCAAUAUUUAUGUUUGACAGCUCGCUUGCUGUUAAACUGUCUUUAACAUUCCGCAUGUUCACAAACACUAUACAAGGUAGUGGAAAACCUCAUCACUAUCAUUUCAUUGAAGAUGCUCAACAAGGCAAAAUAGGUGGUUGUUUUGGAUUAACUGAAGUAUCUCACGGUUCCAAUGCUAAGGGUUUAAGAACCACUGCAACAUAUGAUGUCCAGAAAAAACAGUUUGUCAUGCAUUCUGCUGAUUUUGAAGCUGCUAAAUUCUGGGUUGGAUCAAUGGGGAAAUGUGCAACACACGCUAUUAUAUAUGCGAUGUUGAUAUCAAAAGGCAAGAACCAUGGCUUGCACUCAUUCGUAGUUCCUCUGAGAGAUCCGAAAACCCUAAAACCAUAUCCUGGAGUAAUUGUAGGUGACAUUGGCGAGAAGAUUGGUUUGAACGGAGUGGAUAAUGGGUUUGUGAUGUUCAACAACUAUCAUAUACCUAAGGAAAAUGCCUUGGACAAAUUUGGUGGUGUAGAUGAUAAUGGAGAUUAUCAAACGCCUUUCAGAGACCCGAGUAAGAGAUUCGGCGCCUCUUUAGGUAUUUUAUCUGGCGGCCGUGUCCAUAUAACGUCGAUAACGACGAACUACUUGCAGAAAGCGAUAGUGAUAGCUAUUAGAUAUUCGGCGGUGAGGAGACAGUUCGCGGCUGAUAACGCUACUGAAGAAACACCUAUUUUGGAAUACCAACAGCAGCAAAUCCGUCUUCUCCCGUAUCUGGCUGCGACCUUCGCCUUCAGGAUAUUCUGCACGUGGUUCGGCGCUGUCCAUAUAAAUAUAACCGUGGAUAAUGUUUUGGAUCGCGUGGAGGCGGGGCUGGCGGCGGCGCGCGGCGCGGAGGUGCACGCGCUGUCGUCGGCCGCCAAGCCGGUGUGCGCGUGGGCGGCGCGCGACGCGCUGCAGGCCGCGCGCGAGGCUUGCGGCGGACACGGAUACUUGAAAGCGGCAGGCAUCGGUGAUCUACGUAACGAUAACGACGCAAAUUGCACGUAUGAGGGGGAAAACAGUCUGCUCUUACAGCAAACUAGUAACUGGCUGUUGAGUAUUUGGCCUCGAAGACACGAGAUCACAGCAAAAGACUCGCCGCUUGGGUCUUUAGAGUUUUUGGAGAAUUGUGAUGAGAAAUUGAAGAAGACUUGUGCUUGGAAGAGUAUGGAGGAUAUGAUCGAUCCAUAUAAUCUAACCCAAAUGUACAAAUGGCUGACUGCAUUUGUCCUAAAGAUGACGUAUGAAAAAGUGAACAAAUUGAAACGAGAAGGCAAAAACAACUGGGAAGCCAAGAACGACUCGCAGUCAUACAACGCUGUGACGCUAUCUGUGGUCUAUGGAGAGAAUCACAUUUUGAACCAUUUCUACAAGACUGCGAAGAGUUUCGAAGACGUUGCCUGCAGAAAGGUUUUGCUGAAGCUCGUCUCUUUGUUCAGUGCUUUUCUACUCGAGAAACAUAUGGCAACAUUAUAUAUUGGCGGCUACUUCACCCUCGACCAAGGGUUGGUCCUUCGCGAGGGAGUCCUGCGGCUGUGCGCGGAGCUCGUGCCCGACGCGGUGUCGCUGGCGGACACGCUCGCGCCGCCCGACUUCUGCCUCCACUCCGUGCUGGGCAACGCUGAUGGAGAGGUAUACAAGCACAUACAGAAGCGUGUCAUGACAUACCCCGGCGCGCUGGAGCGCCCGCACUGGUGGCGGGACGUCGUGUUCUGGCAAUCCUACAUACCUUCCAAAUUG